UCUUCCGUGCACACGCAUCUAUUUCCUUUCCCUCCUUUUCCCUUUUACUUCCAUGUUGACCAUAUCCUAGGAGAUCUAUGUCUAAGAUACAACCAAUGUCUGUCUUUUUAGGUACGCUGCUGUCAUGUGCUGUUCAACCACAGAGUACUUGACUUAACAGAGUGACACAGCCAUCUGUGUUUAACAGGACAGACUCUUAUUCUGGACGAGCAACACUGCAGUUUCGCAAAUUUUGAGGCGUCAUACUGUUUUUCUCCACAGUUAUUCCAAUGUCGCUGAUGGUCGUUUCCAUCCCGCUGCUUCCUGUCAUCAUGAUGUUAUCCAGCCGCUAUCGUGUUAAAAUUACUGCACUGUGCCAUCGAGCUCUGGCCUGGGUACUGAGGCUGGUGCGAGGAAGAGUGUGCGUAAGGAGCACCCACGCCUUUGUGUUCUCCCAAUGCACUCAUGGCAAUGCUGACAGCGUCGUGGAGACCUUUGACCUCUAUGGUACCACCCAGCCUUCUCUCUGCAUCGGUCCAAAAAUUGGCGAGGCGUUGGAUGAGGUGGUGAGGCGUGUUUGCCCCUCUAGAGUGCUGGAGCUGGGGAUGCACUGUGGCUACAGCUCUGUCCGACUGCUGCGUCUGCUGCCCCCUGCUGGUAGACUGGUCACAGUGGAGCUGGACCCACUCACAGCAGAGCUCGGAGAGGAAAUCAUACUGGUCUCAGGCUUCAAACACUCCCAGUUCCAGGUGGUGACUUGUAGUUCAAAUGAGAGCAUCCCAACAUUGCAUCCAUUUAUUGAACCUGAUCAAGGGACCAGUGAGGGUUUCAAUCUGGUGCUGAUGGACCACGACCCAAAGCAGUACCUUACAGACUUGCUGGCCCUGGAGAAAGAGGAGCUCCUCUGCCCCUCUGGCUGCUCUGUUAUUCUGAUCCACAGGGACCGAAGAGCUGAAAGUCUGAGAGAGAUUGUGGAUUAUAUCAGAGCAAAACCAGACUGUUACUGCAUCAAGACAGAGCUUCAGUUUAUGACUGAGGUCCUCUUCCAGAAGGAAAGCACAGAGGUAAAAGUGGAACAAAAAGUCUAAAGAACUGUGAGUUUUCUUUGUUUGUGUAAUUUAUCAGUCAGACAUCUUUAACCAUCCUGUCUUCUCAAGUAGUACUUCUGUGUGAGAU